CUCUUUUGACUAAUGAGUUUGCCGACCACUGGUGUAGGUAAACAAGAUGGGUUUAAAGAUACACAUUUAAAACAAGCAUGCAUUUCAUCAUUUGAAACAGUUUUUGUGUCUGUUAUGAUUUGCCUCUCCAUUUAAGGAAGGUUAGGACGUGAAACACAAGCCGCCCCAGCCAUAUCCAAGCCAUGAAACGUAUUAAACGGUGAAAUCAGACUGAACGAUGAAGACCGAGCAAUGACCAACACGCGGGAACAGACUUGCUGUUACCAACCUGCACACCAUGACGACUCUCGACGAGGUGCUUUCGGAGGAGUACAGUCCCUUAGACAGACCGGUGCGGGUAGGGAACUACUUGCUGGGCGAUGUGAUCGGCAGAGGGAGGAGUUGUAUUGUUCGCAAGGCGGUCAGACAAACCGAUAAGAAAUAUGUGAGUAUUUUUACUGUGCGUUUUACUUUAGGUUGUAUCAUCAUGCCAAUAAACAGACUGGGAGAGAGACUUCAGACUCCAUCAUGUAGGCUUAGUGAAAACAUACAAGUGACCACCGAAACACGCUAAAUAAUUUUGAAAGCGUCUGGAGUUAUCAAUUCACGGAGUCAUAACAAAGCACUUCCACGAUACAUUACAUAGCGAGAAGGGAGUAAAAAAAUAUAAUUCUUUUUAUAUAACUUGUUCAGUGGUUAUAUCAUUAAACACGUGAUAUAAUCAUUGAACAAGUUAUCAAACAAACAAAAAAAUAAAGGAAAUUUUUAUGCUAGAUUUGACAUAUCAUUGUUAACAUAAUGUUCGGUCAAAAUUUGUCAAUUCCAAACUUUUUGGAUUGGAGUUCAAUCCCCAGCAAAAUAACAACAAUCCAGGGUGGAUGGGUUGCGUUAACCUUGAUUGACAACUCAUCUAAGAGAAGACAAAAUCUGAAUUCAAGAAAUUCAAUGCAUAUUCCGACAAAUCUUGUGAUGUGGAACGCAAAAAGCACAGUGAGAUGGGUGUAAGGAAGAGGAGUGUUGGAAACAUAGGGGCAAAUUACAAAUAAUAGGUGCCGCGGUUGAAACUAACAGCCCUUUGGCAAGUUCAGUUGUGUAGAGAACAGAAGAACUGAGAGAGAACAUGGUGCUACAGAUACGUGAGAAAGCUGGGAACUUGCUGUGGUAUUUUCUGGCACUUGAUGAGUCUACUGAUCUCUCACAACUUCUCUUGUUUAUUUAUUGCGUCAAUUUGGACUUUCAGAUAACUGAAGAGUUGGCAUCCGUUUGCAGUAUGCAUGUAGCAACUUAUAUCUGUGAGCAAACAUUUCAACAAAAUGUAUGUGAAGUCAUCACAUUGAACGAGAGGGAUUGGUGAACAUUUCAAAACAAUUAUUUUGAUUGGAUGCAGCAAUUCCAAACCAAACAAUGAUGAUAUCUUUAAAGCCAAACGUCAGUUUCACAAUUCUCACUAACAUUUUUUUUUGCUGCUUAGUUUGUGAGAUUUGAAUGUGUGCGCAUUAGGUCGGAUGUAACUAUCUUUUUGCUAACGUCGCCUUCUUUGCUAACUUUUUUAGUAAAUAAUUAUGUUGAUUGUCUUUGCUUUUUUUUUUUUUUUUUUUUUUUUUACUUUUUUUUUAAAUAAAUUUUUUUUUUUUUUUUUUUUUUUUUUUUUUUUUUUUUUUGCAUUGCAUACCCCUCUGCUAUGAUUAGCAUGGAGUACUUAACUUAGUUUUUUUGUCCUUUUCCCCAGAGCUUUCAUUCUGGCCUGCAAGUAUUGGACAGAAUCCUUCAUUUUUCCCGUUAUCCGGGCCAUCGUGACAAAAGUUUGGUGACCCCUGGUCUAGACCAAGUCUUGCCAUUGGUCAUCCCUUACAUCUUAGCCUAUCUCCCAGUCGUCUUGACCAAAUCUUGCAAUUUGAUCAAAUAGACCAGGUCGAGAGGUUGAGGCUGACAAAUGCACAACUCUUCCUCACUUUAACAAACAAAUACAGCGCACGUCAAGGCUACUCUGCAAAUUGAAUACAAUCUUGGACAUCACACUUUCGCAUGCGAAGGACGAACAAUUUACUGAUAAUAAAAAAUUAUUAAGAUUUAUUUUUUAAUUUUUUAAUAUUUUUUUUUGCAGUUUGCUUUGAAAAUAUUGAACCGACUAGCUGGUAGUCACGGCGCCCUGAUAGAACAACAAUUCCAACAGGAAGUGCUCGCCCUGACAAAAGUCAGGCACGAGAACGUGGUCACCUUUCACGAGCACCUACAGACUCGUCAUCGGUUUUACAUGACAUUAGACCUUGUACCAGGGAUACUACUGUCUCAGUACCUGCGGAGAAGGUACAGAAUGGAAUUUGUGUGCCACUUCUUGUUAUACAUUUUUGUUUACAUAAUAUUCUGGUUGAUGUGGUUUGUGUAUCAUAUUCAACGAGUUAUGGCUGUGAUUCGUGGAAUCAGAGCUGAAAUUUAGUACACAUCUUAAUCUCAUGGCACCAGGAACUCUGACCUUUCCAUUGAUCCAAUUUAAGGGAGAUCAUCAAGUUAUCUUUUACAAAAUAUAUUUUGUUUGCUAGAAUAACAAUUACUGGCUGUGAAUGAAAAGGAACAAAAAAAAAAAAAAAAAAAAAAAAAAAAAAAACACAAAAAAAAAAAAAAACAAAGUGCAAAAAAAAAAAAAAAAAAAAAAAAAAAAAAAAAAAAAAAAAAAAGAUGGCGGUAUCAACUAAAUGAUGUAGGCGUGCAUCUUAAGCUGAAACCUCCGCUUCAAAUCCAGCAUUCCAACAUUCCAAUAAAAAAAAUUUUUUUUUGGAAAAAAAAAAAAAAACGAGAUGAAAAAAAAAAAAAAAAAAAAAAAAAAAAAAAAAAAAAAAAAAGAUGGCGGUAUCAACUAAAUGAUGUAGGCGUGCAUCUUAAGCUGAAACCUCCGCUUCAAAUCCAGCAUUCCAACAUUCCAACAUUCCAAAUUUCCAGCAUUCCAACAUUUCAACAUUUCCCUGUGUCUCAACCCCUCAGUAUUCGUAACUCAAAGUUUGAAAACCAACUCUCAUUAAUCUUAAUGGAAAAGUAGGCACUUAUAUAAAUAAAAUUCUUAUUUAAAACUACGCAUUAUUUAAACUCGAUGAAAUAUCGGAUAUGGCAAAUAGGGAUGCAAUGCAUGAAGAAAUGAGUUACGUCUCCCGAUUCGGGUUUAAGGAUUUGACCUCACUUUUUGACUUCUCGGAGAUUCUUUUGCUUAAUGACUUUGCUGAACCUUGACGUCACCAACAUAGCAUUCAUUUUCAUUUUUAGCACGUUUUAUUAACCGAACUCAUAAUAUAAUGCAUGGAUUUCAAUGCCGUUAGAUGGCAUCCUUUGAAUUCUUGACUUUGGGUCCCGGGAGUGGAAGUUUGUUCGAUAUUCUAAGCCGUGAUCAAAAUCUUUACGGGAAAUAACUUUCAUAGUCACUAGAGAUCAGACAGAACAUCGUCCCGAUAUAUGGGACGGUGAAGAAGGGUGUAGAUACAGCAGCUAUUCACCAGCUGAAUACAAGUUUUGUCUUUUCUUCAGGAGAGGUCUUCCUGAGAAUGAGGCGCGAUUUCUGUCCAGCCAGCUGGUUAAUGCUUUGCUUCACAUGCACACCUUGAAUGUUGUACACAGGUAUGUGGUUACAUGCACACCUUGA